AUGUCUCUUGCUGGAGCUCUAGAAGUUGGUAUACGAGACAAAAAUGGAGAAUUAGAAUAUAACCACGAUAUUCAAGAUUUCGAAAAUCUUUUGUUCAGAAUCAAGAUUGAAACUUUACCUAAUGAAGAAAAUUCUGCAAGAUUGUUUUUUGUUAAUAAAAAUGAUGAGAAAGAAAUUACUGUUCCUAAGGGAAUUAAAUGUAAAGAUGUAACUUUUAAAAAAAAUGUGCUAAAAUCUCCUUUACCUUUAACGCAAUAUUUUUUGAUUACACAUCUGAUGAAAUAUGUGAUCUAUUAUGAUCCUGAGAAAGGAAAAACAACAAAACGUACAAAAAUCUAUUCAGUAAACUCUCAAAAAAAAUUUAACAUUCAUAAUUUUAAAAAAACAACUGAAAUCUUAGAAAAUGAAC